CCAGCACGACGCCCCCAAAACCGGAGCCACCCACGGAGCCACCCUCGGAGCCAGUCCCCCGCGCCGCGCCAUGUCCUUCUACGCCCAGCUGCCCAACGGGGCCUCUCCGGCCCGGGCGACGCCGCGAGCACCGAAAACCCCGUUGGUGUCGGCCGAGCCGCUAGCCCCAAACACGCCGCAGGGCGCCGCCACGCCACAGGCCCCCCGAACGCCCCGGCCCAGCCGCUUUUUCGGCUCGCCCGGCCCCAGCCCGCUGAAGACCGGCACGCCUGAGCACGCCCUCCAGAAACAGUGCGCUGACUUGUACGCGCAGCUCUCGGCCAAAACGGCCCAGUGCCAGCAUGCCGAGGACGAGCUUGCCCGCCACCACUUGCUAGUGGACGAGCUCGCGCAAAAGGCACAGGCCCUGGACCGCCGCGUGCGGGCCUUGGAGGACGAGCGCCGCAAGGCCACCGACCUCCACAAGCAGGAGUUGGCCCUCUACCAAGACAUGGUGGACGAUCUCCAGCGCCAGGCCGCACGUGCCACGCAGCGCCUCGACCAGGACCGCCGGGUGCACGAGGCCUGGGUGCGCGAGCACGAGGACAAGCACGCCGUCUUGGCCAAGCGCUGCCGCGCCUUGCAGAGCAACUUCGAGCUCGAGCGCAACCUGAAGGCCGUGUUGAUCGAGCAGAUCGAGUUUUUGACCAAGGAGCGCGACAUCUACUUCCAGACAAUGCUGGCCACCUCGCACGGUGACUCCGCGCGGGGACCCUCUGAAACAACCCACACGCACUCGGGCUUGCAUCUCGACUCCGACUCCGACGGAAGCGUGCACGGCACCCACCUCCUUGGCUCGCUCGCCGAAUUGGCCCGCCCCGAGGUCUUCGACUCCUCCUCGCCCAUCAAGGACCACGCACACGACUACCUCGAAUCCUCGCUGGGCUUUCACUUCCCCGCGUCGAAUCCCGCCCAGGCCGCGCCCCUGCUCCCGCAGACGGCGUCCGCCUCCAGGCGCUACUCGCUGCCGGCCUCCGAGCGCAAGGCGCUGCAUCCCAUGCCCAACGCGUCGUUCGACGACGACUUUGUGCUCUCACCCCUCAAGUUGACGCCUCACCCGAACUCCUCGUACUUCGAGGCAGACUCGUCUGGCCCAGCCUCGCACACACGGCCCUCGUCCGUCACCAACAAGCGGUACUCGGGUUCCAGAGCAAACCACUCCCGCUACAACUCCCACGACAUCGUGCCAAUCAAAGUGGAGUUUGAGAUGCUCGACCAGCUGAUCCGUUCGGCAUCUGCCCCGGACAAACAUCACUUGCAGCAUCUUUCGAGCGUAGCGGAGACCAACCCGAUCCAGGACUCGGACAUGGCGUUCAUGCGGCUCAACGGCUAUACGGGGCCACUGAAGCGUGACUCGCUCAUGACUGACUCGUCAAAGAGAUCGAGCUUCAUGUCCGAUAUCAACAUUCUGAGUGGAGAUAUCACCAAGCAAGAAAUCACGAAACUCAAGUUCGAACUCCAGUCUUUGAAGUUGCACAACGAAAAGCUAUUGUCGUACAUCGGAUUCGAGCUACAAAAACAGAAAAAGAACAUCAAAAAGUUGUCCAGCAAGCAGAACCUCCGGCCGAAGCCCUCGGCUCAGAAGAUCGAGUAUUCGGACGCCAAGCUCAUUGAGAAGCUGAGGGAAAUGCUUAUCAAUAAGAAGAGAGUCUUACGUUCUGUCUCCAUCAAUCCCAUCUUGUCGACAAAGUACUGUGCGCCAAAAAACUCGUUGCUUCAGCCGCUCGUCGGUCUUGGGGUCUUUUGCAACCAGCCCGAAGAUGAGGACGACUUUUUUUUCAAGAGCCACUUUAUUAGUUCGCUCAAAAAGGAUGAUUGUGAUGACUAUGGCUUUCUCAAACACAACUGCAAAUACAAUCUGCGAGUCUUGCUGAAGAAGAAUCAGGAAUACUCAGAGUACAACGACGAGCAGACUGUCAAGAAGCACAAGUCCCAAACUUUCAGAAGCACGCGAAACCACGAACGCGAGUUUGACAAUCUCGGGGCCGACAUUGACGACAUUGACGAUAUUGAUGACGCUGAUGUUUACAACAGCAAUCUUGAGCUGACUGAUGAUUGGGAAAGUGAGGGAAGCCUCGUAUCCGAUAUUGAUUACGAUAAGUUGAACCGGUUCAACCAAAUGAAAUAUCUUAUUUUGGGCAAGGAGCACAUGAAAAUGGCCAAGCGCUCGGAGUCCAUCGCGGACGAGAACUUGAAGUACAAAUUCCUCACAAUCGCGAUUGGUAUCGUCAUUGUGGGAAUCAAAUUCACCACGCAUCCACACCAGCAAUUAACGGCAAACUGAGGAUGACCACUUUCAUGGAAUGACAUUCGAAGGGUACCGGAGAGAUUGCUUGGACCUAUCAACAUAACAUAAGAGGGAUAUACGGUUUAAUGAGCAUCAUGGCAUUAUACAGGUUUGUAGGAGUAUUUAUGCAAUUUACGUUUCGCUAGGACCGGUGAUGAAGGUGCAUCACAUAAUCUACCAACAUGGACU